AUGUCGAAUCGAUACUCUCGAAAUCUCAGUGCAUCAUUAUAUAUUCGUAACGUUAGCGAGCGAGCUCGAUAUGAAGAUUUGAAACGUUUGUUUUCACGUUAUGGAAAAAUCGUUGAUAUUACAGUACCUCUAGAUUACUAUACGAGAGAUGCAAAGGGCUAUGCGUUUGUUGAAUUUGAAGAAGCCCGUGAUGCCGAAGAAGCUCUUUAUGCAUUGGAUCAUUAUCGUUUACUAGGACGCGAAUUAGAAGUGGAAUUUGCUCGUGGUGAUCGGAAAACUCCAUCGGAAAUGAGAGCAAGAGAAAAAGAAUCACGUUAUAAUGGUGGCUCGAAUGGACGAGGAGGAGCAUUUCGACGAGAUCAUGAUCGUGGAAGAGAUAAACAUACGUCAAGAUCAAGAAGUCGCAGUCGUGAUCGUCGUGUAAAAAGUUAUUCACGUUCACCAGGAAACAAAAAACGUGCAAGUCGAUCGGGUUCGAGAGGAAAAGAACGUUCAAGAACACCAAGAAGGCCACCAAGUCGUUCACAUUCCAAAUCAGCAUCGCCAGUUUUUAAAGGCCGUGGACGUCGUGUAUCUCGCUCAGCAUCACCAGCAGAUGCCUGA